GCUCCUCCCUGUCUCUUAGAAGCCAUAUGCGCUUGGAGCUGGCAAUGCUCGUGUACGGGAUGGCCCAGCUCGGCCUGUCGCUCCUUGCCUCGGACCUUGUCCACUCAGGAUCGAGUCCGUCGCUGAAGACCUUCUUGCGGACGGGCUUUGCACCUCCAGCGUUCGGCCUAUCCAGGCUGGACAGUCCUUUACCUGUGCUGGACCCCGUGCAUGCUGGCAGCUUCAUGCUGGCAAAGACUCUUGCCUGCCUUGGCCUCAUACUGCUUGUGUUUGGCAUGUGCUGCCUUGGCCUAUUCUUAUCACUUCCGGACCUCGUGCACUCAGAGCCCCCGUCAUUUCUCAGGGCCCUUGCACAGUGUGGCAGCGCUCCGUUUGCGUAUGGCAUUGCUUGCCUUGAGCUGACGCCCUCCGCACCAGAUCGUGCCCACUUUGACUUGCCACCGCCUCUGCACUCCCACAUGCAAACUGGCAAGUCCUCACCCGCUUACGGUACAAGUUGUUCAGAUUUGCCGCCCCUCGCUCCAGAUUUUGCAAUAAUUGGGCCAUGCUUACCCUUGCAGUCUCACAUGUGGCUAGGCCUUCUCUUAUCUGCCUACGGCAUGGUGCAGUUGGAACUUCCAUCACUCGUGCUGGACUUCAUCCGACUUGAGUCAGGCUCGUUUUUGCAUGGUCCUGCUUGUCUUGGGCCAUCACCUCCGUCGUUUGGGGUGGCGUGGCUGGACCCGCUCUUGCCUGCUCUCGAUUUCGCCUUGAUGGGUUUGUUGCCACCUGUUCGAAGCUUCGCCUGA